AUGUCUUCUGACAGUGGUGCCGACAUAAGUGGGAUGAUGGCCUCUCCAUCAAGUGCCUUCAGAGAGCACACAUGUCUGACCAACUACAUGGGAUUCCUUAACUACGUAAGAAAACAGGGCAACCUCUGUGAUGUGACCCUUGUGGUUCAGGGAAAACGCUUUGCAGCACACAGAGCAGUGCUAGCUGCAGCCAGCCAUGUCUUCAGACUUAUGUUCACCACCAGAAUGAAGGAGUCGGUGUCUCCUGAGGUGGAGCUCAGGAGUGUUGAGCCUGAGAUCCUUGAGCUGUUGCUUGAAUAUAUUUAUACCUCACAAAUCACAGUGGACAGUACUAAUGCAGAGUCAUUGCUGAAUGUGGCCAACCAGUACCAGAUUGAACCAGUGAAGAUGAUGUGUGCGAAGUUCAUUUUUGGACAGAUUGAUGCAACAAACUGCCUGGGUAUUUCAGUACUCGCAGACCGCAUGAACUGUCCAGAGCUGAAGGCAGCAGCAGAGGAGUUUUCCUAUCUCCACUUUACUGAUGUCUGCAGACUGGAUGAAUUUCUGCAUCUGGACAUUGCACAGCUCACGCAUCUACUGCACCAGGACAAACUCACUGUCUACUGUGAGACACAGGUUUAUGAUGCUGCAGUGCGCUGGCUAAAGUAUAACAUCUCAACUAGACAACAGCAUAUUGUGGAUGUUUUGGGGUGCAUUCGCCUGCCUCUGGUCCCCAAAACCUUCCUGUCAGAAACUGUAAAGACUGAGCCGCUCUUCCAGGACAACCCACGCUGUUUACAGAUGAUCACCUACCUCAUUGCUUUUGCCUUAGGUGCGAUGUGGGGCCUUGGAGAGCUCAGCCAACCACGUCGCAAGAAGUACGACAACUGCAUUGGUCUGUUUGAUGGUAACCGCUGCUACUUCUUUGACCCCAAGGAUUACAGCUGGAUGAGCAUCAACUGCAAACUGUCAAAAUGCCAAAAUACCACAGCUGUCCUCUGGAAUAGGGUGGGCUGCAUUUUAGGUGGCUCACACAGCUUUCACAUCAAACACACAGACUUCUACAACAUUCUGAGGAAUAGGUGCUCCUGGCCAGGGCCACCAACACCUCGUAAGAACAUGUCUGCGUGUGCUUUUGAGGGCAAGAUCUUCACAUCUGGAGGAUCAGAAGCGGGUGGGUCAGCUGUGGACCUCUUUGAAAGUUAUGACACAAUGACAGAGUCAUGGCAGGUCAACACCAGCAUGCUAGUGUCCCGCUGCAGUCAUGCCUCAGUGGAGGCCAAUGGGCUCAUUUAUGUUUGUGGAGGAAUGACUGGCAACGGUGUUUCUGGUAGAGUCCUCAGGAACUGUGAGGUCUAUGACCCCAGCACACAACAGUGGAGAAAAUUACAUGAAAUGAGGGUUGCCAGGAAGAACCAUGGGCUAGUGGUUGUCGACAACAAGAUCUAUGCUGUUGGAGGUGAAGGGUCAACUGGUGGACUUGACUCAGUAGAAUACUAUGAUAUUACCACUAACAAGUGGCAUGCUGCCUCAAGGAUGCCGUGGAGAAGUCUCACAGUGAAAUGUGUGCCUGUCGGUGACGUCAUUUUUGUGCUGGCAGGCAAGGGACUAGGGGCACAAUGCCUCACAAAUGUCCUAGAAUACCACACAAAAACCAAUAGGUGGGUAACAUCCAAAGCUCAAGCUUUUUCCUCCGCCAGCUGCAUUAUCUGCACGGUUGGUCCAUGAGAGUUCAUUGAAGGCAGCCACAUAAUGUUUUUAUUUGACUCAUCCUCAUAGGACAAGAUGCACAUUUGAUUGUUAUGAUGCUUG